AUGGAUGAGCAAUUGAAGGAGCAAGCACGAUUACUCGAUCGUAAACUCGAAGAGCAAUCUCGUUCGUUUGCGAAGAAAUUUGAUGAGAAUGAUAAGAAAAUAGAGGAGAUGAUGAAGCUGAUGAGGGAGAUGCUUGCCAAUCGGGCAUCGAACUCCGGAAGAGAUGAAAAUGCUCGAAAUUCUCAGGAAAGGACUGAUUCGAACCCUAAUUCAGGUAAUCAGCUGGUUCGACCUUUAGGCUAUACUCCAAAGGUAGAAUUUUCGAAGUUUAAUGGUACUAAUGCUAGAAAUUGGGUGAAAAAGUGUGUUAAGUAUUUCCUGUUGUGUAAGAUUCCAGAAGAGCAGAAAGUUGAUCUGGCAUCAUUACAUAUGUUAGAGAAGGCAGAAGUGUGGGUAUCGAAUUACUUGUCUAUUAAGAAAAAUGUUGAUUGGACUGAAUUUGUGAUGGAUCUCAGUGCUAGGUUUAAGGAUGAUUCUAGUUUGAAUGUAGUAGAGCACUUUAAUAAAUUUCAACAAACUGGAUCCAUUGAGGACUACAUCGAUGAAUUUGAUAAUAGUAGAUCCUUAAUGGAACAGAAUCAUCAUGUUCUACCUGAUCUGUAUUUGUUAGAAAGCUUCAUUGGAGGCUUAAAGCCGGCUGUUAAGCCUUUUGUCAAGGCUUUUAAACCGAUCAGUGUGACUGAGGCUAUCAAUUAUGCUAGAUUACAAGAGGAAUCAUUACAGGCUAAUGCUCAAAGAUUUACCAAGGGACCUAAUACCAGUACUGUGCAGAAAACUGUAGGUCCAACUGUUUAUAGUACAUAUACUGACAACAGUCAUAAGCCUCCCUUACUUCCAACUCCACAGACUAAGCCAUUGCCCUCACCUGCUAGUAAAUCUAGCGGCAGACCUUUCAAGUUUAUACCAGCAGAUGUGAGAGCAGAAAAGAUAGCAAAAGGCCUCUGUUAUUACUGUGAUAACAAGUAUGAGAAGGGACACAAAUGUCAGUUUAAGGAACCUCAGCUGUUUACUGUGGAGAUUCCUUGUGUGGACCUGGAUUCCAGUGACAGUGAUACUGAAUCAGGAGAAGUGGAGAAUGGUGACCCCUGUAUUUCAGUUAAUGCUCUCUCUGGUAGUCCUUCUUUUUCCUCAAUGAGAGUCAAAGGAAUGGUGAUUGACAAGUCUUUACACAUCUUGAUUGACUCAGGCAGCACUCACAAUUUCUUGGAUUCACAAACAGCUAAAGAUAUGAAUUGUGUCAUAGAAGAGUUGGCUGCUCAUACUAUCACAGUGGCUGAUGGAACUCAUAUCCAAUGCCAAGGUGUGGUGAGAAAUUUUAGUUGGAAAUUAAGUGGACAGGUGUUUACAGCUGAUGUUCUGCUCAUUUCCUUGGGUAGUUGUGACAUGGUGCUGGGAAUUCAAUGGUUGAGCACUCUGGGAAGUAUUAAGUGGGAUUUUCAAAAACUGAUAAUGGAAUUCAAGUGGGCAGAUCAGUCUGUUAAGCUCAAGGGGAUUGCACCUACAAAAGUCAAGGUAGUAAAAACCUGUUCAGACAAGCUAUUAAACAAUGCAGCUCAGUUGUGUCUCAUACAGGUUAAAGAACUAAAACAGGAACAGGUUGAUAAUAGUGAGGAGCAUCAGGAGGAAGUUGCUUCUGACAGUGAUAUCUCUCUUCUAAAACAGAAGUAUGCUGAUAUAUUUAGGGAACCUGAGAAAUUACCUCCUUCAAGAGGCAUCUUUGAUCAUAAGAUACCACUCCAAACAGGUGCUAAUCCUAUCAACAUAAGGCCUUAUAGAUAUCCUCUUAAACAGAGGGAUGUCAUUGAGCAAACAAUUGAAGAAAUGUUGGGAAGGGGUAUCAUACAGAAUAGUGCAAGUCCCUUUGCUUCUCCAGUGGUAUUAGUGGGAAAAAAAGAUGGAACCUGGAGGUUAUGUGUGGACUACAGGGAGCUUAAUAAAUAG